UUUUGUACGAAAAUCGCUUGAUUUUGCGCUUACCUAUACAUAGAGGUGACCCUAAACAUACUCUUUGCCGAGAAACCGAACAGAGUACUGGUGCACUGAAGGCUUUUAUUUUCGUAUACCGCGAGAUUCUCGGCUGGUAUUAGCUUUUGUAUGACAGUCCGCGAUCGCGCUCAGCUGACGAAACACCGUUCUUCGUGAUAAAUGUUCUUGUGACAGUGCUAAAGGGUGUCAAAACUUUGGACACCGAUAUAAUGGCAGAUGUAAAGGAUGUGAAAAUAAACCUACAUAGUUCCGAAGAUGGGGCUAAAUCUGGGGUUGGAAAUGGAGGUGGAAGUGUGUCCUAUCACAAAGGAUACAGUUCGCCACCACCAAAAGAAUUGGAAUCUCUCAACAAUGCCUUAUGUGGAUCUCAAGGUAGUUUAUGUAACGGAGCAUCAGCAGUUUCAGUAAAACCUGGGGCACUUCGAAAAGUACCCAACAGCAGCCCAAAUAACCACAAACGACCAAUGAUAUCGCUCACUCACCUGCCCAAAAGACCGCCCGUAGAUAUUCAAUUCUUAGAUCUUUCUUAUUCGGUAUCUGAAGGACGUAAAAGAGGUUACAAGACUAUUUUGAAAUGUAUCAAUGGGAAAUUUAGAUCCAGCGAGCUCACAGCAAUUAUGGGUCCAUCUGGAGCCGGAAAAAGUACGUUAAUGAACAUUUUAGCUGGAUAUAGAACUUCAAAUAUAAACGGGUCGGUUUUGAUAAACGGAAAAGAACGAAGUUUGAAAAAAUUUCGUAAAAUGUCUUGUUAUAUAAUGCAAGAUGAUUGUCUUCAGCCGCAUUUAACGGUGAAAGAGGCAAUGACGGUGGCUGCUAAUUUAAAAAUAGGAAAAGAUUUAACGAAAGCUGAUAAAAAAGUUGUUAUAGGAGAGAUUAUGGAAACUAUUGGGUUACAAGAUUGUAAAAACACCAUGACGACUAGUUUAUCAGGGGGACAACGUAAACGUUUAUCUAUAGCUUUAGAAUUAGUUAAUAACCCCCCGGUAAUGUUCUUUGACGAACCUACAAGUGGCUUAGAUAGUUCAUCUUGUUUCCAAUGUUUAUCAUUAUUAAAAUCAUUGGCUCGAGGUGGACGAACAGUAAUUUGCACAAUUCAUCAACCAUCGGCUCGAUUGUUCGAAAUGUUUGAUCAUUUAUACAUGUUAGCUGAAGGUCAAUGUAUUUAUCGUGGUCAAGUUUCGGGAUUGGUGCCGUUUCUGGGAUCCAUGGGACUUGAAUGUCCUAGUUAUCACAACCCAGCUGAUUAUGUUAUGGAAGUUGCUUGCGGCGAACACGGUGAUUACGUUCAAAAAUUAGUUAUCGCUGUAAAUGCCGGCAGAUGUAACAACUACAUUCAAAAAACACCAGAAUCUAAUGGAAAUGGAAUUUCUAAUGUUUUACCAAAAGACAAAACGACUGCUGCGACACCAAACGGUGUUAACACACAAGCUGGUGCGACAUGUACAACUUCUUUACUGGAUUCUUCUGAAAACUUACCGAUUUCAGAAAAAAAAGUUUCAUUCCCAACAUCAUCUUAUUUACAAUUUUGGAUUUUAUUAAAAAGAACUUUCUUCACUAUUUUAAGAGAUUCGACAUUAACCAGGAUGAGACUUAUCGCACAUUUUGUUAUUGGUAUAUUAUUAGGGUUAAUUUAUUAUAACAUAGGAACUAACGCAGCUAAAGUUACCAGCAACGCUGGAUGUAUUUUCUUUACCGUUAUGUUUACUAUGUUUGCUGCAAUGAUGCCAACGAUUUUAACUUUUCCUUUGGAAAUGUCAGUUUUCAUGAGGGAACAUUUAAACUAUUGGUAUUCGGUGAAAUCAUAUUAUUUAGCGAAAACUUUAGCUGAUAUACCAUUUCAAAUCAUUUUAACGGUUAGCUUCAUAGUGGGAGUAUAUUAUUUGACAUCACAACCAAUGGAACCAGUUAGAUUUGGAAUGGUUGUAGCUAUUGGGGUUUUAACGGCACUAGUUUCGCAAAGUUUUGGUUUAUUAAUAGGUGCAGCUUUUAAUAUAGAGGCUGGAGUUUUUCUUGGUCCAAUAACAACAAUCCCAAUGGUACUUUUUUCGGGUUUUUUCGCAAAAUUAGGAGAUAUCCCACCUUACUUAAGUUGGUUAUCAUACGUAACGUACGUACGAUAUAGUUUCGAAGGAACGAUGAUUGCUAUUUAUGGUUUGGAUCGCGAAAAAUUGGAAUGCAACGAGAUGUACUGCCACUUUAAGUAUCCAAAGAAAUUCUUGGGGGAAAUGGCGAUGAACGACGACCUCAAUACUUACCUUAUUGAUUUAGCCGCUUUGGCGGGGUUCUUUGUAAUUGUACGGGUGUUUGCAUAUUUCUCAUUGCGGGUCAAAAUAUUUACGAACCGCUAAUAUUAAGAAUAAUUAGUAGAGUAAGAAAAUAAUAAAUAAAAUUAAUAAUAAGAAACGUCCCUUCGUUUCUUCAUCCUUUUGUGUUAUUUAUAUUGUGAUAGUAUUAGGAGAUUAGAUUUUUUUAGCCUCACUCGUAAUUUCCCUCCCUAUAAUCCGAUAUUUUUAUAUUUAUGGAAAAUAUACCAAAAAAAUGCGGCAAUAUUUUACGACUUAUUAUAAAAUGAGAUUAUUAGCGUUUAAAAAUCUGUAAAUAACUUUUAAAAAAAAUUUUUUUAAAAGCGUCACGUAAUCAUGCACAAAUCUACUUUUAUUUUAUAGAUUGUAUCUAGAUACUUUCAUCAGGUGCAUUUAAAUAUUACUGUAGUAUUUGUACUAGUUACCUUCUUUUUUAUAUUUAAAUAAAGAAAAAUAAUAGAAAUAUCCUACGAAACAUUCACAAUCUGUAUUACGUACUUUAAUAAAUUUUUAUUAAAUGAA